AUGACGGAAGGAGUCGGCAUAGGUGGAGAAGCAGCCCAAGAAAAUGCUGAUAGAGGCCAACGCCACCGUCGUCGUUUUUUUUACCUCGAUCACUACCACCAUCAGCCGCCUCAUCUGGACCUGAGAUUAGGGCUUGAUAAAGACCAUCACUCUCACCGGACUCACUCAAAUCACUCAAACGAUAAUGGAGGAGGACGAUUGCAGACAAGCAUCACUAUUGGGAGCUGUCAUCUUUUGGGAUUAUUGAUGGAAGAGCUUGACCAGGAAGUGGCAGCAUUACAUCGCAUUACAUUCAUCUUGCUACAUUCAUUUACCAUAGGCCAAGGUUCCUCUUCCUUGACUACCCAUGUAAGUAAAACAGUUCUCAUAAUAGUUAUUAUACAGAAAGAGAGACAUGUUUUUCUGGUCAGAGAAAAAACGGAUGAUCCCAAAACAAGGACUACAAUUUACAGGCUCUCCUUUGAAAAUUUUCAUAUUCUUUUAUUCAUUAUUCUACUCAAAUCAUUCUUCCGAACUUUGUUAGUCGGAUUUUUGGCACUGAUGGUUCCAAUUCUAAAUCACACACAUCAAAAAGUCAACAGUUUGGAGGAUUUUGUCGGCAUCGGUCUGGUCACUCUCAUUUGUGAAGACAUGAAAUUUAAGGAUAAGUUGUUUGCUUCAUCAUCCCCAGCCCUAUACAAGUAAUAAGGCC